UGACCACACCACCAUUUAUUCAAAGGAACUGACGAGUAAUAUACAAGUUUCCGUUUGCCGAAGUGUUUAUGCUCGGGUGCAACGGAAAGGAUUUUCUCGAAGAAAAAUGUUUGGAGUGGGACCCUUCGCCUUCUUUAUCCACUUGGUUUUGAUGUUAUCCCGUGGAGUGGAAAAGAUUGGAGCCCUAUCAGAUAACAGAGAUUUUGACAUCAAACUUGUGAAUGGCAUUGCCGCCAAUGAGGGGAGAGUGUUAAUUCGCUGGUUCCCUGGUGACUCCAACUGGACAUCUCUGUGCUACAGUUCAAAUCAUGCGGCCACGGUCGCCUUUCAGCUGUGCAGGCGUCUCAGAUACUCGUUUGCAUGCGGUAUGGAGGCAGCCGGGCCCCUGCGGACCGACAAUUCGUCGCUGGUAAACGUCGCAAGCGUAAAAUUCCUGGCUACAUGUGAGACCCACCCUACAGAGAUAACGGCGGGGGGCUGCAUCCUGAAUGUGUCAUCUGGAGUAAAUCUGGUUGAUGAAUCACCUUGCAUUCACGAACAGGACACGUGGUUAUCAUGCGGAUAUGCAGGAAUGCCAGACCUCGAAUUGCGACUUAUUGAUGGGACAGGAGGUGAAUCCAGAGGGCUCGUGCAGGGCCGCUGCGGAGGCAAACGAGACUGGGGCGCCAUCUGCAGCAAUACAUUUUACAAGAAGAGAGCGGGAAACGUUGCCUGCCGUGAUCUUGAACUUUCCAGUUUCGCCUUAUCAGUUGGAUCCGCGUCCUUUGACGAAGUUGAUAUCGGGCAUACAACCAACUAUAUGCUGUUCGUUGACAUCGGUUGCGUUGGGAACGAAGCGAGUCUGAGUGAGUGUGAGCACUACUCGCUACGGCAGUGUAAGGCUUACGCUACACUGGAAUGCUUCACCGAAAUCAGAGAUUAUAACGACACCGUCUACCUGUGCGGUUCUAAGCAGCUGUGUGGUGCAAACUGUCAACAACAGAUUCAUCCAUUGGAUGAUUCAACUGACAAUUUCAAUUACUGUCAAUGUGACGAUGCUUGUGUAUUAUUCGACGACUGUUGUUACGACCAUGCCAACGUCUGUAGUCCUGCAGAACCAAGUUUAGAGCGUGGGGGCUUCACGGUGGAUUGGUUUGGCUGCGUGUGGGUACCGGGCAGUCAGUUCACUCACAUUGGCUACGUGGCCGUCAAUCGUUGCCCUGACGACUGGUUGGACGAAGGCACGCGCGAGCUGUGCGAAAGGGCGGUUAAUGUGACUGACAUCGUUGGGUCCAUGCCAGUCUACGACGAGCAAGGAGUGGAUUUCAAGAACAUCUACUGCGCCUUGUGUAACGGCAGAUUGCUGCAUAGGUCACACAGAUGGAAUGUUUUUGCCUCAAAUCUCUUAACUUCAACCACAGAAAUAUUUUACCCGUCUCUUAACCGAUCCCUGCCAAGCAAUGGUUGGAUCAUAUCUCCCCCAAGAGGCCAUAAAGUGAUACGGCAAUGCUCCGCACACCUCAUCGACACCUGUCCGGACGAAUUUUUCGGCACCAAUAUUGACAGAGCUUGUAGAGCGUACUACGCACCCGUGCGCCCCGAUGAUCAGAAUAUCCGAUACCGUAAUCCGCAUUGUGCAAUGUGUAACGGCAAGAAACUUAUACCGGACAAGUCCUGCACAGACCGAGUUUGUGCAGGUCCGUGCAACCAAGUACCUUGGGACCCGUGCUUCUUUGUGUGUGGCCCUUACGACGACUUCUUCACGAUUGAGGUUCUGUUCGACUUCACCUCCCCCUCAUCCAUUAGUGGGCUGUCUUGCUCGGAGGGUCAGAUCUACGAUCCCUUCCUAGAGCGAUGUCGCGUGCUGACGUGCGCAGCCGGGUAUCGGGUGAAAGGCGAGGAAUGUGUGGCAGAUAGCCCACUUUCCACGCAAACCAACGGCACUAAGAAAGUAUCAGUGGUUGAGUGCUUGACCGAGCGUCUUGGUAACGACUCAGGGGGUGGGCAGGCCUUGAUUGAGGGUCUAGAUUUCUCCUUGAAGGAUCCACAUUCGAACAAAAUCUCACUUACCAUUCUUGUGGAUUCGCAUCAGAGUGCACUCGACAUCGAAGCUGCUUUUGAUUUGACUCUCGACUCAGCAAUGAUAAACAGGUCCACGUUGGACUAUUCCUUAUUGUGUAAUAUAUCUGACCUAUCGGUGUUGGUGCCAUUUAUUCAGUUCGAAUCCAGUUACUGUAGCAGUGGAUACUGGAAUGGAACAUUUCGUGGAUAUAACGGACACCUUUUGGAGGUUGUUAAGUACCAAAUCACGACCAAUGAAGGACAGUACAGUAAAACAACUACAUCGCCUUUAUGCCUACAAGUGAUUAGCCUCAAUUGCUCAUCUCUGUUGACGUUAGAAGUCUCUGAGUACCACAUCCCAGCUGAGCAAAUUCUUGAAGUUGGUACAAGUGGCACACGUAUACUUGUUGCCGAGUAUGUUAUCUUCCCCGAUGGGUCUGCAGUCAUCUGCUCCUUUAGGGGACCAAUACCACUGGGGUUAGAACCGAGCAUCCGACGGGCGUUAUCGUUUGCAGGAAGCUGCCUUUCGUUGCUGGCCCUGACUGCCACUUUCGUCACAUACUGUGUCUUUCCUGAGCUGCGAAACACAGCAGGCAAGUCUACGAUGAACCUCGUUGCGGCCUUGUUUGUCGCCAUCUUGUUAUUCUUGCUGGCCGGCUAUCUGAAGCAGAACCAUGCUGUCUGUGUGGCAGGGGCCGCGGUGGCGCACUUCGCCUGGCUGGCCGUUUUCGCAUGGAUGACGGUUCUGAGCAUCAGUGUUGCCUAUACCCUGGGGUCCAAGGUGGCGUCCCGUCCGAAUCGCAGAAGGGGUAUCGAUCGCAUACUGGUUGCAUACAUGUGUCUGGCUUAUGGCAUCCCCUUUAUUAUAGUGAGCACCUGCAUGACGGUGCAAUUCUGUGACUGCACCGAUCUCCCGACGAUCUAUGCAGAUGGAGGUAUCUGCUGGAUCACCGACGCUACCGUUCGUGUGGUCGUCUUUGCGAUACCUGUCGCAAUGAGCCUGGCAUUGAACAUCGUCUUGUAUCUCUACACGGUUAUUAUUUUCAGAAAAAACCGAUACAUGAGCAAGGCUGCACGCAACGAACGAGCGACAGACGCCGCCAAAGAAGAACUCACGGUAUACCUUAAGAUUUGCACUCUUGUCGGCCUGACCUGGGUGUUUGGCUUCGUGUCGCAGUCAGUGACGGGCAUCCUGGCCUUCUCCUACAUCUAUAUCAUCCUCAACUAUCUCCAGGCAGUCUUCAUCUUCAUUGGCUUCUGCCUCAACAAGAGGGUGCGGGCCAUGUGGAGACGAAAGGUGAGAGAGACGCAAGCGGGAAAAGUGACGAAGAAUUUGCCCACUCAGCCGAAGACCGGCCUGUCUGCCAAAGGUCUCGUCCUGAACGCGACCACAAAGAACACCAAACUGUAAGGCGUUUCUCCGGAUGACCAGCGUA